AUGUUCAUUUCUAUCGCAACUGCUCUGUUUGUGGCUUCGGCCAUCUUUGCCCUCAGAUGCAAUGAGGCCUGCGAGCCUACUGCUAUCAUUGGUUUAUUUGGAUUGGCUGCGUGGCACAUUCUCUGCCAGAAAAUUAUUUCUGUCGACAUCGUCGACACGGUCAUUGAGGUCGCUGGCAACGAGACCAUGAAGAAAAACGGACUCGAGGCCAAUGUGGAAGUUACGCGGGAACGAAUUCGAGGGGAACUCACGCAGCCUCUUGAAUGCGAGAAGAUCCUGAUGGUCGCCUUGCAGCAAUGGAUUGCCGACAACCCAAACCUUAAGGCUGAUCUCCGAAGCCUAAAGGAUGUCGCGCAGAAUCUUAACUUCCAAGUGGCUCAAGCCAAAAGUUCAAUCUCUCGCGUCUCGCGCAGUCAACUGCGCGCCGAGUGCAUCGCAGCUGCCAUGCAACGCCAAUACGAAGAACUGCGGGAUGCGAACCCCGAAGCGGAGGCAACGGUUAUUCGAAUCAACAAGAUGGCGGCAGCAAAUCAGGCUUUGAUGGACGCGGAUACAAGGAACAAGGAAGUCAUCAGCCACCUUGAGGCCCAGCUCAAGGCGGCCCUUCCACUGAAGAACCAGCCCCCACCAUACAUCGCCAACGUCAACUCACACCGUGGACCGCGACCAGUCCAUUGA